UGAUUGGUAAAGUUGCAGUGCGAAUGAGAAAUUGGGUCAUGUAUAGAGAGUUAUAAAACUUUCAUAACAUACUUUUUCCUAGAAAGAUGUGUCAUCCCUGUGAACUGUCAUUGUAGCGCGUACAUCAAGGUCAUUAUCAAUCGAUGGUUGAGAGGGUGCGCAGACGAGCUCUUUUCUUACGUCAUACAACAAAGGACAAGAGUACAGGAACAGCGGCAAGUGGGCUGCUUCAAGACGUCUCUACUUUCCAGUUACGUGCUUCGUUAAUUUCAUUUUAACAUGACUACGGCUCCUCUUUCGAAAGGUUCAACCCGACCACCCAACACUCCAGGAAAGUACCGGCUCUACAGCAUGGAGUUCUGUCCGUACGCCCAGCGAGCACGUAUCGUGUUGCUUGUCAAGAAUGUUCCCCACGAUAUUGUGAACAUAGACCUGCAGAACAAGCCAGAGUGGUAUUUUGAUGUCCAUCCCCAGGGCAAGGUCCCAGCAUUGGACACAGGAGACGAGGUGGUGGUAGAGUCCUUGGACAUCGCAAACUUCCUGGACAAGAAGUUUCCAGAUCCUCCUCUCUACCCGGCUGACGCUGACUUGAGAGAUAAGGACAAAGAACUCCUUAAUAAAUUUGAGAAGGUGCCUGUACAAAACAAAGACAUGGUUCUUCAGAAAGAUCUUGACCUCCCAAGCGAAACAAGUUCGUUCUAUCAGGCGUUCAAUGAAGAACUUGAGCAGCGAGGGACUCCCUUUCUUGGAGGAAGCAGUCCCAGCAUGACAGACUAUAUGAUCUGGCCAUGGAUCGAGAGAGCUUACGUUCCUGUAGUGAUACAUGGGAAAGAAAAAUUCCUUGAGGAAGGAAGCACAAAAUUUCCUAAAGUGGUUGAGUGGAAGAAAAACAUGGAGUCGGUAAAGGCAGUGGCCAACACAACACACACUGUGGCACAGCUUGCUGAAGUCUACAAGAAACUUUUGAGCAAGUAGUGGCAGUUGGAUAAACUAAGAAGAGAACUCUAAGCACUGACACGUCAUAAAAGCACUACUAGACCUAUGCUAUAACACUAAAUGUGGUUAUUUGCUGGUAUUUCCAUAUAACUGUGUAACUUAAUUUUGAAAAAUUUAGCUGAUAAAACUAUUCAAAAAAUUUAUGGCAAAUAUCGUAAUGGGUUAAUGUGGGAAACUAUGGCUAAUUAGCAUUGGCGAAACGCGAUACACACUAUUGCAUUGCUUUCAAGCUAUUUUACGCUCCACGCCACUAGAUGCCACUAUUGUAAUUAGUUUCAAGCACUUAAAAAUGUAAGUACACUCCGCACCAUUGGGUUCGCUGACAUAACUUGUCUAGUGUAUUUCUUACCAGUUUCCCAUAUUGUCCCUAUUAUCUUUGAAUAUAUAUACUGUAUAGAAGUCGCGAGUGGAUAGGAUUUACUCUACGUUUUUCAGAAGCGUAUGAGGAGCAGCUUGGGAACUUCACCGCUGCAGUGCGCUGCCGUAACGCCCUGUAUCGUCUUAGUUGUUAUUUACACGUUAGAGCGCAGAACUGUCGCCCGCUGUCAUUCCCCGCACCCCCCACCCAUCAUUCACUGCAGCUCAAGGUUGUUCAACGGGAGGGGGAAGGGGUGUUUGAAGAGUUUGACACUUGUCCGCUAGGGACCACCACAAGUCGAUGCCCUAGAGAUGGUGGCAAUUGCGGCGGUGAAUUAACCAACUACCUCAAAACCGUAUUAGAAAUUUUAACCUGGGCUGGCGACUUCUAUACAGUAUAUAUAUUCAAAGCUAUUAUACAGUAUUUGCAUAGAGACAUAAUGAUAUGGGCCAACUUACAAUACAGUUUUAUAUGUGGAUUUUUAUAGUACUGUAAACUGGGGUGAAUAUAAACAGCAGAUUGAAUAGAAAUAAUCUUUUAUUUUUUUCCAUUAACAUUUUCACAUUUAUUUGCUAAUAUCAUUAGUGUUUUUCAUUGAAGAAUUUUGUAUUUAAAGAUUAUUUUUGAGCACAUUGUUUCUAUUCACCUUAUUUUUUGGUAUGUCAUUCUUAGUUCAAUUCAAUCCUGAUUUUGAACUAAAAAUAAAAAAAUAAAAAAAAACUGCAAUGGUAGACAAGGAAUAUGUGCAAGUUGGAAAAGUCAAUAGUACUACAUAUUUAUACUGGAAUUGCAAGACAGUUUGAUAUAUAUUUUUACAUAUAUACAUACAUAUAUACAUACAUAUAUACAUACAUAUAUACACACACAUAUAUGUAUGUAUAUACACGAUACACACAGACAUAUUUUUAUUUAACAUUUUUCUGACUCACCCUAAGACUAUUUAUGAAAUUAUACAAAUUUCACAUUUAGUAAUACAAUGAAUUCUACUUUAAAUAAAAAAAGAUAUGUUAUUGCAAUAUUAAAUGUUAUUCACUAUAGUGUAACUUAUAAAUAUUUUUGUGAAAAAUUCAGUGAAAAAUAAGUGCACUGUGAUACUAUUAACAUGCAUUUGCCUCUGCACUUGAAGAUUGUAAGUGUAGUGGUUCGGUUCUUUGAUGAACCACGGACGAAAUAAAAUAAACAAAGACUUGUUGAA